AUGGCUUCGCCUCAAGCUUCCGUCUCCAAGCAUCUUCUCUUAUUUACCUAUCCAGCCUGGGGACACGCGCGUCCCCUAUGCCACUUCGCAGCGAGGCUCGUCAAAGCCCGCCCCGUGAACAUCACACUGCUCGCUUGGCCGUCAAUCAUAGACAAGGUACACAACGAGGUCUCCUGCAACUUCGAACCGAACGAGGAAGAUGCCAAACAGUUGAUCAGGAUCGUGUCGCUUACAUCUGACGCUUCGUUGUCGGAUGCGCAGCACGGCGGCACACUCUUUCGCGCCGUGUACGCGAAACUGCUACAGGCGCAGUCUGUGACGUGCGCCGCUAGGGGCACCAUCUUCGCGCCCUUACCGCCGCCCAUCGCCGCUAUCGUCGACUUCUUCGCACUUCCCGUCCUGCGCGCCAUCAAGGAGCUAAGCCCGCUCAUACCCGUACUCGCGUGGCAGAGCGGCGCCACGAGCGCUGUCGUACGUCUAUUUGGCCCUAAGGAGCGUGGCGGUCUCGGCGACCUUCGGCCUAUUCUGAACGAGAUUGCGGCGCGGGAUUGCAAUAACCUCGUCAGCGCCGCCAGUGAGUGGAUGGAGAACCGUCCUGGGGAGGUGUACCGCCUUCCCGGUCUUCCGGAGAUGUAUGACUACGAGGACUUUCCGCAAGAGAUGACACAACCCAUGAUUCAGCGCUGGAUGCACGGUCAAUCCGCCGCAUACGACUUCUUCCAAGAAUGUGAUGGAGUUGUGCAAACAACCGAUGUCGCGUGUGAUCCGGGCGUUGCGAUUAUGGAAGACUGGAUGACGUCUUUCUCGCCGCCUCGUAAAGUUUACAACAUUGGACCUCAGCUCCCGUUUGGUCUAGCCUCGGUUGAUUGUCCCGCGGUGAUCGAUGACUUUGCUCGUUUUCUUGAUGCGGCCUUGCAGUGUAACGGCCCUCAUUCCGUCGUCUAUAUUUCGUUCGGGACGAUUUACGGCUCCUGGGCGCACCCGGAGAAGCUAUGGGCAAUCCUCGAUGAGCUGAUCGAUCAUGGCGUUCCCUUCAUCCUCACGCAUUCUUCGCCGCACGCAACCGUGCCUCUGACCAUCUCGUCGAAAAUAGAGAAGAGCGGACUCGGGAUUGUGUCCGCGUGGGCACCUCAGCAACGCAUCCUCCUUCACCCGGCCACCGGCUGGUUUUUGACGCACGGAGGCUGGAACAGUGCGAUGGAAAGUCUGACAGCGGGCGUGCCGAUGAUCUGCUGGCCUUUCGCCGCCGACCAACCUCUUGUUGCAGCCGCUCUGUCCGACCCCGACGCGCUCGACGUUGCCUAUGAGCUACUUGAGGUGCGAACAGGCCCACAUAUACGCAGGCCAGUGUACCGCUCUGGACACGCCCCGACGGGCACUGUGGCCGGCGUCCGGAGCGAAUUCAAGGACGUGCUGGUGGGCAUGCGUGGUGAGGAUGGGAGAAGGAAGAAAGUCAAUGCGGGGCGGGUGAGGGACAUGCUGCUGAGCAAUGCGGACGAGGGUGGCCGAGCAUCGAAAGCAACGACACAGCUCUUAAAGGAUUUAACCCUGUAG